UUCGACCGGGAGCGGGCCCGGGCGCUCCGCUCUCCUCCCCGCCCCGCCCGUGUCCUGGCGCUCCUCGUUCCCGCCUCCCCGUACCCUGCCCACCCGUCUGGGAGCUCCCGGGGGUGACAGCUCCAGCCCCUGCCGACCCGGGAAGUCACACCUACCCUACCCGUUGUCCUCUGGUCCCUGGAGGCCCCUGGGGUAACUCCUCUCCCCCACACCCGGGCCCGGAGCCGCCCCGCCCUCCCUGCUGCUGGCUCCGCCCCUCGCCCGGAAGCUGCAGCCCGAGCCCGCGCCGGCCUGGGGACAGCCUUCCUGCUGGGGCGGGCGGUCCCGAGGCUGUUGAGUCGCCAGGUGGAGGCCACGGGAACGCAGUUACCUUGUCACACGACCUCAGCGGUGCUUCCCGCCAAAGUUAACAAACAGAAGAUGCACCUGGAUUUUCCUCGGAGCCCUCUGCGUUGUUAAGCUUCGGGUGGAAUUUGGGGGCCUUGGGCUGUAAGCCUUGCUUGCUUCAUAGAAAUCAGUCCUGCUUCCUCUGUGGGACAAUUGGUUACCUACCAGAAGUGUCAGCCACUGAAGGCUUCAAGGUUGUUCUUUAAGCCUCAAAAAAAAGCUGUGCCCAAGCUUGUCUGACAUCUGCCCUGCCAAGUGUCCAUGAUGCUAGGCCCUGAGGGAGGUGAAGGUUUUGUGGUCAAGCUCCGUGGCCUGCCCUGGUCCUGCUCUAUUGAGGACGUGCAGAACUUCCUCUCCGACUGCACAAUUCGUGAUGGGACCGCAGGUGUUCAUUUCAUCUAUACUAGAGAGGGCAGGCAGAGUGGUGAGGCUUUUGUCGAACUUGAAUCAGAAGAUGAUGUAAAAAUGGCCCUGAAAAAAGACAGGGAAAGCAUGGGACACCGGUACAUCGAGGUGUUCAAGUCCCACAGAACCGAGAUGGAUUGGGUGUUGAAGCACAGCGGUCCCAACAGUGCUGACAGCGCCAACGAUGGCUUCGUCCGUCUUCGAGGACUCCCAUUUGGAUGCACAAAGGAAGAAAUUGUCCAGUUCUUCUCAGGGUUGGAAAUAGUGCCAAAUGGGAUCACAUUGCCUGUGGACCCUGAGGGCAAGAUUACAGGGGAAGCUUUUGUGCAGUUUGCCUCACAGGAGUUAGCUGAGAAGGCCCUGGGGAAGCACAAGGAGAGGAUAGGGCACAGAUAUAUUGAAGUGUUCAAGAGCAGUCAGGAUGAAGUCAGGUCUUACUCAGAUCCCCCUCUGAAGUUUAUGUCUGUGCAGAGGCCGGGGCCCUAUGACCGCCCUGGCACAGCUAGGAGAUACAUUGGCAUCGUGAAGCAAGCGGGCCUGGAGAGGAUGCGGCCCGGCGCCUACAGUGCAGGCUAUGGCGGCUACGAAGAGUACAGCGGCCUCAGCGAUGGCUACGGCUUCACCACCGACCUGUUUGGGAGAGACCUCAGCUACUGUCUCUCAGGCAUGUACGACCACAGAUACGGAGACAGCGAGUUCACAGUGCAGAGCACCACCGGGCACUGCGUCCACAUGAGAGGGCUUCCUUACAAAGCAACCGAGAAUGACAUUUACAACUUCUUCUCUCCACUGAACCCUGUGAGAGUGCAUAUUGAGAUUGGCCCAGAUGGAAGAGUGACCGGUGAAGCAGACGUGGAGUUUGCCACUCACGAAGAGGCUGUGGCGGCUAUGUCCAAAGACAGGGCUAACAUGCAGCACAGAUACAUAGAACUUUUCUUGAAUUCGACAACGGGGGCCAGCAAUGGGGCAUAUAGCAGCCAGGUGAUGCAAGGCAUGGGGGUAACAGCAGCCCAGGCCACUUACAGCGGUCUGGAAAGUCAGUCAGUGAGCGGCUGCUACGGGGCUAGCUACAGUGGUCAGAACAGCAUGGGUGGAUACGAUUAGUUUUGUAGAAAUGUUGAAGAUUUUUCAAUCAAAUUUUCACAGGCAGCCAACAAGCAAUGAAUGAAGAGCAGUUAUAACUAGAGGAAGCUGUGGGACCCAUUUUGCACCAUGAGUUUGUGAAAUCUGGAUUAAAAAAAAUUACCUCUUCAGUGUUUUUUUAUGCAAACUUUUCUUCUAGCAUGUGAUAUUGAGUAAACUAAAACUAUUUUCAGCCUUUCUGAAUUAACAUUUUGGUAGUAUACUUCAGAGUGAUGUUAUCUCAGUUUAAGUAGUUUCAGUAUGUUAAAUAUAAGGACCUUUUGCCACCACAUCGCAGUGAACACACUGGGGAGACGUGCGUUUUUGGAAAACUCAAAGGUGCUAGCUCCCUAAUUCAAAAAGAAAUACUUCUCAUGUUCAUUCUAGUUUAUACUUUCAUUUAAAAUCUUUUAGGUUAAGUUUAAGCUUUUUAAGAGUUAGUUUUGAGAAUUGAGACACAAUACUAAUACUGUAGGAAUUGGUGAGGCCUUGACUUAAAACUUUCUUUGUACUGUGAUUUCCUUUUGGGUGUAUUUUGCUAAGUGAAACUUGUUAAAUUUUUUGUUAACUAAAUUUUUUUCUUAAAAUAAAGAUUUUUUCACAAUGG